UUGUGACGCAGUGGGCGGGGCUUGCCCGCCCCUUUGGCCUCUAGCCCCGCCCACGGGCCUUUGGGUUCCCUGUUGCUGUUGCGCCGCUGCUGGCUGCUGUCCCCGGACUCCACCAUGGACAAGACAAUGGACGAGCCCCCCAUAUCAGCUGUCUUGCUGGAACACUGCAGUUUCUCUCAGGUCGUGUUUAACAGUGUGGAGAAGUUCUAUGUUCCUGGAGGAGAUGUCACAUGCUACUACACCUUCACCCAACAGUUCAUCCCUCGUCGCAAGGACUGGAUUGGCAUCUUUAAAGUGGGGUGGAAGACGACCCGGGAGUAUUACACCUUCAUGUGGGUUGCUUUGCCCAGUGACCUAAACAAGGAAUCAACCAGGCAGCUGGAAGUCCAGUUCAAAGCUUAUUAUCUGCCCAAGGACGAUGAGCAUUACCAGUUCUGCUAUGUGGAUCAAGAUGGCGUGGUCCGGGGAGCAAGUAUCCCUUUCCAAUUCCGUCCAGAAAGUGAGGAGGACAUCGUGGUUGUUACCACGAAGGGAAAGGUGGAAGAGAUCGAGCAGCACAAUGAGGAGCUUCUCCGAGAAAACCAGGAGCUGAGAGACAGCUGUGCCAGCCUCCAGAAGCAGCACUCAGACGCGCAGGCUGAGCUGGAGAGGAAGCAGGAGGCACUAGAGGCACUGCAGAGCACCAAUAAGAAGUUAGAAGAGGACAUGGAAGAGCAGAAGGCCUGUUGGGAGACUGAGAUGCUCCGACUGAAAGAACACAACCAGAAGAUAUCCUCAGAAAACGAGAAGCUGGGGAGCAGAGUAGACCAGCUUCAGGCCCAGCUGUCAACUCAAGAGAAAGAAAUGGAAGAGCUUGUUCUGAGAGACCAAGACAUGACAGAGCAGCUGCAGCGUCUCAAGAAUGAAAAUAGCCAGCUCGUCCUCAGUCUCACUGAACAGAAGGAGCAGCAGAAGAAGCUUGAGCAGACAGUGGAAAAGAUGAAGCAGAGAGAAACCACGGCGAGGAAGAAGCAACAGGAGCUGACGGAUGAGAACUUUGACCUGUCUAGAAAGCUAAGUGACAACAAGAUUGUGUCUGACGUUCUGAAGAGAGAGAAAGAGAGACUAGACAAAGAGAACAAUAUCCUGAAGAAGGAGAACAACAGACUGAUGAACUACAUGGGCCUCCAAGGCGACUCUUUUCCACAUCAAAUGCAUUCUUCAGAUCAAGGAGCUGGUAGGCAAAACCCAGGCCUUGUGUAUGGAAAUCCAUAUUCUGGUAUCCAAGAAAGUUCUGCUCCCAGCCCGCUUGCCAUGAAGUGCCUCAUCUGUUCAUCAGACUUUGGUGAUGGAGUCUGUGAUCACAUCUUGGAGCAGCAGCAAAUGCAGACCCAUUUCUUGAAUUGUCCAAUUUGUGACGAAGCCUUCCCGGCAAGAGAGAAGCAGAUCUUUGAAGACCAUGUGUUCUGCCACUCUCUCUGAGUGUCCCCGCCUGCGGUCUGUGCUGCAUCAGGUCUCACAGUGUAGAACACAGUCUCUACUGUAAGCUCUCCAAGGAGAGAAGCCUGUCUAAAUCAUUUGGGGUUCACUUAGAGCUGCUGCCCGCAAAGGGUGACUGUGGCCGCUGUAGGGUGGUGUUGACAGCGGCUGCGGCUGCCCUGUCCACGUCACAUAGCUGCAGCUCCAGCCUGCCACCUGCAGUGCCCUUUGGUCCUCAGACUCCAGUGCAGAACCUGCUGGUCCCAGCAGCCACCUGACACCAAGGCAUUGUCUUCCAAGUUGUCCCACUGCGGUCACAGCCAGGCCUUGAGCAUUUGUGCCCUGUCCUCAGCCCUGACCCCAAGGGUGGGAACAGGACGGAAGUGGAGAAUUUCUUUAUCUUCCUCAGUCCUUUCUUCAACCAAUGGCCUCAGAUUACCCCAAAAAGGCACAGCAGAGAACUCAGAUUCCAAAGAUUUAUCGGCUUCCAAAAGGAGCAACUUUGUUUGUUUUUGAAAACAGGGCCUGACUCUAGCCCUGGCUGGCCUGGAACUCUCUAUGUUCUGUGUACGUGUGCCCCCAGAGUGCUGGCAUCAAAGGCAUGCACCAUCAUGCCUGGUGAGAAGUGGCUUAUUCUUCACCUACAAACAGCCUUAUUUCUAGCAGAGUGUGAUGAUGUGUAUCUGUAUUCCAGCAGGUGACAGGUUGAGAUAGGAGGGGUAUGAGUUCAAAGCCUCUUGGACUACAUUGUGAGGCUUUCUCUCGGGGAAAAAUGGGGAGAGGGCAGGGAAAAGGCUUCUUUCUAUCUAGAUACUUCUGAUUGGCACUUUCUGAUCAUUUCUUUACAUACAACAUGGAUUAUUAUGUCAUAUAUAUGAAGAGAUUUUUUUUUUCUGGCUGACCUGGAAUUCACUGUGGAGCCCAGGCUGGCCUGGAACUCAGCAAUCCUGCUGCGUCACCUUAGUGCUGAGCCUACGGGCCUGAGCCACUGCUCCCUGUCCUGAGUCUGUGAGUGGCAACUGGGAAUGGGUAGGAGGUGUAUGGGCUUGCAACUUUCUCAAGAGUUACUUGUUUGUAUGAAUCUAAGACUAAUGAGACAAUGUUAAUCUCUUUACUGUUCGAAAUAAAUUACUCUUUUUAAGGACA